UUUUUCGAAGUUAUAUUUUUCGAUGUUCCCUCAUCUGGAACUACAAAUUAGUACUCAAAAAGAUUUCAUUUAACAUUUGCUCCUUCUCUAUUCAUCAACAUUCUCUGAUAUAACUUUUGCUUCGCUUUUCGUCAGACAGUUGUUUUGCAGAAAAGUUCGUUUAAACUUUAAUUUACUUAUGCUUUACCAAGCAACAGUCGCCAGUUUUAUUAGAGAUAAGCAUAGAAAGCCAGCAAUCAUUGCGACAUAUACCUUGCUUUCUUCGCUACGUUGUUAAAGUAUGAAUAUAGAAUGCCAAGUAUUAACAGUUAUUUUUUUUGGCGUAGACUGUGACAAAUGAUACAAAAUCUAAUUUUACUAUAAAAAUUCAUGUGACGUCAUUCUAAUUGAAAGGAAAAAGGAAGCAUGGAAAAGCUCAAAUAGCAUAUAAAUUGUAAACAAAAACGUAAAGACUUCUAUUUAUUCGUAAAAUAAACUUAAUUUACUAGUUUUCGGUGAAAAAAAAAAUUAAUGGAAGUAAUUGAAUAAUUUACGGACAAAUAUGUGAGUAAUUUUUAUAUAAUUACUUGUAUCUAUUCGUUGUUCGUCUUUCAACGUUUUCGUGAGAAUAAAUGGUUUUAAGGAAAAACAUUCUUGGCAUCCGGUGAAGGAUUUCGUCUAAACCGCUUGACAGCUAAUGUGUUAAAGAGGACUGUGAUUGCGAUGAUGCAGUUGAUUCUUUUAUUGUAGCAUAUUGUGAAUUGUAAAGUAAAGCGGGGAAAGAUGUGUGUGAAUCGGCCAUUAAUCCCCUAAAUAAAAUCGAAAGGAAUGACCGUGAAUAAUCAAUGACGUUGAUAGAUGUGACAAAAAUUUAUAUCGAUAGUACUUUACACCAACCUCUAAAACAAUAUAAACAAAUAUUUUUAAAACAUUUCGUUAACUUAAAAAAUAACAUAAGGUUAUUAAAAAAAAAGAUGAAAAACUCUGAUGAUUCUAUAGUUUUGAGUUCCCGCCGGAAAAGUACAGUAUGGACCCGUGAAAAAAUUGCACAAUUGAUUGAACUUUACCGUCAGCAUGACUGCUUGUGGAACCACUAUACUGAGGCAUAUAAAAAUAAGGAAAAACGAACAAAAGCCAUCGACGAUAUUUGUAAUAGCUUACACAUAACCAAAUUAGAGUUUGGAAAAAAAAUUCACAACUUGCGAAAUCAAUUCAAUUCUGAGAUGAAAAAACUUGAAAGGAGAGUUGAGGAAACUGGGGACGACACGGAGUCAACUGCAGAAGGAUGCCGGUGGAAACAUUUUCAAUCACUUAGAUUUCUUCAAGAUGUAAUUGAACCACGUCCAGGAGGUUACCAGGCUAAAAAAAUUAAAAUAAGCUCUAAUUUGAAAUAUGACAACAGCAGUGAAGAGGAGACAAAGGAACCUAAUUACAAAGCUUCAAAAGCACGUAAAAAUGAUGUAGUAAUUGAACAAAUCACAGAGUAUCAAUUUGAUGAUGCGACCAUUGUUGACAAUUCGGCGGUAAUUUCGGAGCAUACAUCCACAGAUCGAUCAAUGAAUUUUAAUGAACAUGGCAGUGAAAACAUAAUUUCAACUUUGGGUGCUGAAAGUGAAUCAAACCAUUUUUUCAAUUCUCCAAAAUUAAAUCAACGUCUGCAAAAUGUAAAUCAUGCAGACAUAAAUAAAACUUCUAAAAUUCUGGACAAAAAGUCUGAUUUACAAUUGAAACCUCAAAGCCAAGAGGAUCCCAUAGAAGAACCACAGACUGGUCAAACAAAUUUUUGCUGCCACAAUUUCAAUGCUGGAAUGCAGUAUCACAAAAAUAUUUUAGGUAUAGGAUCUAAACAAAUCAAAGAUAAAAGUAUGUUUAUCAGGUCAAGAGAUGAAUGGGACGCUUUCGGUGAAUUGAUUGCAACAGAGUUUCGUAAUCUCAAUUCAGUUAGUUCAAAAAAAAAACUGAAACGAAAAAUUAUGCAAGCUAUGCUGGAAAUAGGAGAAGAAGAUGAUUCUACUUCAGGAUGUAACUAUUAAAUUUAUCGAUGUUGUAAAUAUAACUUUUAUUAUAUAUUGUGAAGUACUUCUAAAUGAUCUUUUUUAUUAUAUUUUUUUUUACGUAAUGUUGUUGACUUGCAAUAUUUAAAAUUAAAAACGAAAUACGGCAAAUUUCGUGAAGAUACCUCGUCAAAUGAAAGUUUUCCGUACAAGCACUUGAUUCCGAUUGUUUAGUUUGUAUGGCAGCGCUAUGUACACGAUGAUCUGAUCUAAACAAUUAUUUCGAAGAUUACAUUGUUGCCUUAGCAAAUAAUUCAUGCCAAAUUUCGUGAUGAUAUUACGUCAAAUAAACAAGUUUCCCAUAUAAGCACUUGAUUCCGAUUGUUCAGUUUGUACGGCAGCUAUAUGUUUUAAUGGUCCGAUAUCUGCCGUUCCGCAAAUUGACAGCAUCUUAGUGAGGGAAAGACAGGUGCAAAAUUUCAGAAGAUAGCUUAAAAACUGAGGGACUAGUUCGUAUAUAUAGACAGACGGACUAGGCUAAAUCAACUAAGCUCAUCAUGCUAAUCAUUUAUGUAUAUAUUUAAUAAGUCUCCGACGUUUCCUUCUGGGUGUUACAAACUUCGUGGCAAACUUAAUAUACAAUUACUAGUCAAUAGUCUGACGAAACGAAAAUUAAUAGUAUUAAUUCAGAUGAACGUAUUUAGACAUUAUAUCACAAGCGAUGCUUGUGUGCUGUGCACAUUUAAAUAGGGAAAACUACGUCGAAUCAACGGAAUAAUUAAGGUUACCGCCUAUAUUAGCAUUCUAGACGAUUCCCCAAUUCCUAGCUUCAAGAUUUUUGGAUACGCACCCUGGGAUUUGCAAGACAAUGAUCCUAAACAUACCGUCCGCGUUACAAAAUCUUGGUUGGAAAAUAACGGAAUUCGGGCGAUGAAGUGGCCAGUUCAGUCCUCCGAUAUGAACCGCAUCGUAAACUUAUGGACGAUUAAUUGCUCAAAAAGAAACACCAAAAGUUAUAGAUGAAGUUUUAAGUUGAAAGAGUUUGGAACAGCUUUUUUUCGGAUAUUUUAUAUAAUAUAAUUAACCCUAUGCCUGACCGUAUUAAAGCAGUUAUAAAAGUUAAAGGAGACCUCACAAGUUAUUAGUUAUUGAACUAAAUCGCCACAUAUAAUUGUUGACAUUAUUUGUAUGUACUACAACCACCAAAUAUUAUCAAAUCAAUUUAAUCUUGUUUAUGUUAAACAGUUUUUAAAUACGUAUACUUUCGUAAAAAACAUUUCAUUUGAAUGUUUAUUUUUCCAAAGAGGAACUAUAAUGUGAUAUUUUUUACUUACUAUUUCAUAUAUUGUUUGUGGGGUUUAUAUUGGAUAUACCUUCUUCGUUCUUUAAAGUACGGUCGGCCUUUAAUUUAAAAAGUAAGAUCAUAUUCAAUCACUCUUAACAUUUACCAAAUAAAUUCUGUUAUCCCAGUUGAAUUAAUCCAACCCAAUAAAAAUUAUAUUUUCUUGAAA